UGAAGAGGCAGGACAACAAUGAUGCUUGCUUUUCAUUCUAAUCAGAUAUACAGCUUGAGGUCUGGACGUGGGUACACAUCCUGAUGGGAAAGGGGAAUCUGUUUGACAAAAUGAAAAAAGUUGGACUUAUUGGGGUGUUGCUAUUACACCAGGUAAAGUCGUCAUCGGGUUGUCAUCCUCAUGUGAAUCUUGUGAAAGAGGAAGAAAAGUGCAUGAAAGACCUGCAACUUUUAAUGUCACACAAAGCAACAGAAAAUAUCAGCGUUCACUGCAAGGGAAUGUGGGACGACCUGAACUGCUGGCCACCUGCUUCUCUUGAGGAAACAGUUUCUCAACCCUGUCCAGAUUUCUUUGAUUCAGAAGGUAAAGUCGAACGCAACUGCACCGCCAAUGGCUGGACGGAUCUGCUGGUCCCGCAUGAAGAUGCAUGUGGCUACACUUUCAAUGAGACACUGCAGUUUCUUGGAGAGUCCUCAGACUCCCAUUUGUAUUUCUCCUACGUGAAGACCAUGUACACAGUCGGAUACACACUUUCCCUCAUCUCUCUCACCAUCGCUAUCGCCAUAUUCUGUCUGUUUAGGAAGCUGCACUGUACCAGGAACUACAUUCACAUCCAGUUGUUUAUCUCCUUCAUCCUGAGAGCCAUUUUCAUCUUUGUCAGAGACGCUCACCUGAACGAAGAGCUCUAUCACUGUGACUAUUACCCGGUGACCUGUAAGGUCGUGCUGAUGUUUUCCAACUAUUCCAUCCUUGCGAAUUACAGCUGGCUGCUGGCGGAGGGUCACUUUCUCUUCACCCUGGUGAGCCGCUCCUUCUUCUCCCUGAAGAAACACCUGGCCUGGUACAUCGUCCUGAGCUGGGGUUUACCGCUGAUUGUUAUUGUCUCCUGGGGGUGUGCUAAGUAUUUUUAUGAAGAUGAGGGCUGUUGGGAAACCAGGAGACAUGAGUGGAUUUGGUGGAUUCUUCGAGUUCCAGUCCUUCUGACUAUAUCUAUGAAUCUCAUCUUUUUCUUGGGCAUUUUGGGAAUACUGGUGAGCAAACUCAGAAUGCCAGAUGCACAGAGGAGUGAAUUCAGCCAGUAUAAGCGACUGAUCAAAUCCACGUUUUUUCUGGUGGCUCUGUUUGGUCUGCACUACAUCCUGUUUGUUUUCUUACCUGUUCAAGUCAGCAGCUCUGUGUUUAAGAUAUGGACCUUUGCAGAGCUGGCUCUGUCCUCCACACAGGGGUUUGUGGUUGCUGUCCUCUACUGCUUCAUGAACGGAGAGGUGCAGCAUGAGAUUCAGAGGCGGUGGAAGAGGUGGAGGCUGACUCAGCCGCUGCCCAGUCGGCGUAGGCAGCAACAUGGCUCCAUCAGCCACAGCGGGUCUCCUCACACUCAGGUCUCCCUGCUGCCCUGUUCUCCAGGCAGCCCAACGACCAGCGGACUCCCUGUGGACACUGUGGAGAUGUGAUUCCAAGUGGGAUUGGCUCGUUUUCUCCCCUUUGCUACAUAAUGGACCGUGGCUUAGUGCUGGCAGUCAGUUGGUCCUGCAGCUUGAGUGUUUAAUACAGCAGUACUAUCAAUUGGUUUGUUUGGUCAGUACUUCAGUUUAUUUUCAGCACUGAAUUAAGAGGCACUGCAGCUUUGUAGUAUUUAGUUGCUCUUCACUGCAGCUGGAUGGUUAGGGAGAUAAAGAGAAAAUUGUUGUCAAGCUAUCUUGACCUUUUGUAAUUAGAACGUCUAAAACACUAGCUCCUACAUUUCCCAUAAUGCAAUCUGACAGCUCUUUUUCGUACAUCUGAAUAAAUGUC